AGAAGAAGAAGCCGAUUCUGGAAGCCAUUACGUUGCGCAGAUCAAUUGAGUAAAUCCUACUAUUUUUGCGUACAAUACGCACAAUUGUAUUUUAAAAACAGGAAUUUAUUCAAAUAUGGCAUCGAAUACAAAAAAAAGAAAAAUGAAUUUUUCAGAGAGGGAGGUCGAAAUUAUUGUGGAGGAAAUAGAGAAACAAAAGCACACACUCGUUAACCACUUCAAUGCUGGAGUCACUCACAUAGCAAAGAAUAACGCGUGGAUAGAAAUUCUGAAGAAGGUGAACGCUGUAACAACAUGCCCAAGAGAGUUGGCUGAAGUCAAGAAGAAGUGGUCGGAUAUGAAGACCGAGGUGAGGCGAAAAGUGGCCCAGGCUAGGGCGGCAAUUGAGGAGACCACUACCGACUGCACUCCGGUUCACGUCAUCCUCACUGCUAUGCAGCAGCGUAUUUGUAACCUUUUGGGAGAGGCGACUAUCAUCAGUUUACCUACUGGAGACCCAGAUGCUGAGAUAACUUUACCUGUUACUAUGAGUUCAGCCACCACCGUGACACUCACAGAGAGCCUUCAGACAGCUUCAGCAUCAUGUGAGGAGACUAAAUUAGAUGGCAAAACCAUCUUUCUUUCCACCAGUCGAGACCACAUACCACACAUUGGAAGAAGGCGGUGUGGUGGAGUACUGCACCACCACUGAAGCCACGCCCACCGUGGUGACUGCUGUGGAGUCGCAUCCGGUGGAGAUGCUGACGUCAGUGUCGACUUCUCCACCACACAGCCAGGCCAAGCCCCAGGAGCUGAAGAGCCGCAUCGCCCUCAACUCAGCCCGGCU